UGCUUACUGCUGUCUUUUAUUUUAGCCCUGAACAGAAGUGUUAAAGAGCGACUACUUCAAGAAUUAUGUGGCAUACAUCAUGAGCAGUCAACAAGAUUCCAAGGGAGUUGUUUUGACGGGGUUCUAUUAUCAGAACAACGAGGGUUUACCUGUGUUGAUCAAUUGUAAGAAUGAAGAAGCACAAACGUCGUUAUUAAGCAGGAGAACUGGCCAAUACAACAUUCACAGUCGUGCUAAAAAUGAUGCAGGGAAUCCACCUUGCAACCGCUCCAGCUCCCAGGAUUCUCUUGAUGAGCUGUCAAUGGAUGAUUACUGGACUGAGCUGGAGCACAUCCAGAAGACCAGAUGCAAUGACCAGGAACAGCCUGAAGAAGUGCUAAUGAAAGUGCCUGAUGAAGGGGAGUUGGAGGAGGAGUGGCUGAAAGAAGCAGGCCUAUCGGACCUUAUUGGUGAUUCAGCAGGAGAUCUUCAGGAAAGUAUGGUCGUGUUGUCCACACUAACCCGCACACAGGCGGCAGCUGUGCAAAAGAGGGUGGAGACUGUUACUCAGACCCUGAGGAAAAAGAACAGGCAUCACCAAGUACCAGACGUCAGGGACAUCUUUGGUUUGCCAAGUGCACAAAUAGGAAAGAUUUCUAAUGCUAAGGAAACACAGCCUGCUGGGACACGUGAAAAUGGAAAACAGGAUGUUAAAUCAGAUGGACAAACGAUAAGCACGUGUGGGGAUGACAAAAGCAACUUGGAUACAGCGUUAUUAGAAACCGAUAUCAAUUUAGAGAUUUCUUUCUCGGAGCAGGCAGCCGGCCUCAAACAUCAAUCAAAGAGCAACGCGCCCCAAGGCAACGAGGAUGACGCAUUCUUACCUAAUUUCAAAAUACCACAAGACAAGACUGGUACAACAAAGAUUGGAGACCUGGCCUCACAGGACAUGAAGAAGGUCCACUCUCUAGCACUGAUUGAACUGACUGCAUUCUUUGACACAUUUGGAAUUGACUUCAAAUCUCACAAAGCUGUGAAAAUUAAAAUCAAAGAAUCUGGCUUGUUCGGUGUUCCACUUACAGUUUUACUUGAGCAGGAUCAGAAGAAAGUGCCAGGUACCAAGGUCCCACUUAUAUUGCAAAAACUCAUUUCUCACAUAAAAGAGGAGGGGCUGGAUACAGAAGGCCUCCUGCGAAUACCAGGAUCUGCAACAAGAGUCAAGAGUCUUUGCCAAGAUUUAGAAGCUAAGUUCUAUGAAGGGACGUUUGCCUGGGACAGUGUAAAGCAGCACGAUGCGGCAAGUUUACUGAAAUUAUUCAUCCGGGAACUGCCACACCCACUUCUCACCGUUGAAUACCUCAACGCUUUCAUUACAGUGCAAAAACUACCUACAAGAAAGCAGCAACUUCAGGCCCUGAAUCUUCUGGUGCUUUUUCUCCCAGAGCCAAAUAGGGACACUCUAAAGACCCUGCUGGAAUUUCUCCAGAGAGUAAUAGACCACAAGGAGAAGAAUAAAAUGACGUUGAACAACAUUGCUGUUGUAAUGGCACCCAACCUCUUUAUGUUCAAAGGAUUUCGUUCCAAGGGCGGAGAACAACAGGAGUUUGCAAUGGCUACCGGAACAGCAAACCUCAUGCGUUUGCUGAUAAGAUACCAGAACCUUCUCUGGUUGAUACCCAAAUUUCUUAUGAAUCAAGUAAGAAAGCAAAACAGUGAAAACCAGAAGAAAAUGUCCAAGGAUAAAGCUAUGAAGAAAUUGCUGAAGAAGAUGGCUUAUGAUCGGGAGAAGCAUGAGAAACAGGACAGGAGCACAACCGAAACUGACACUCUUCAGGGAGUUAUAAAGGUGCAGGCACCACAGUUCUCCAAGGUUUCCAUGGCAAUACAGUUGAAGGAGGAUCUAAAAGCUAGUGAUGUACUGGCCAGUUUUCUCAGCCAAAUCAGAACUGUUGCCAUCAAGAGGGAAGACUUAUGUUUGUAUGAAAUAGGAGGCAAUAUUGGAGCGCGCUGCCUGAAUGAUGAAACCUACAUGAAGGAUCUGUACCACUUGAAUCCCAAUGCAGAGUGGGUCAUAAAGUCUCGGUCACGCUAAGACAACGGCUGCAAAUAUGAAAAUGUCCGGUGUCCCGUUUUAAAAAAAAAAAAAAAAGGGGGGGGGGGAGCAAUUGUUGUGUACAAAAUGGAAAUAGGAAAAGACACGACUUGAUCAAGCAAACUGAACUAACAGUAAAUGCCAAAGUCAGAUUAUUAUAUAAUGUAAGACAAUGCAAAUUGUGCUUGUAACUGUUUUUUCCUGUUGAGAAUGAAUGUGUCCACUAAGAUUCUGGAAGCUGUGUUUGUAAAGUCUUUGUGUGUUUAAGAAUGGGAGUCAUUCUCCAUUGCAUUGAAGUCAUGUGGGGCUUUAAACUGCCCGUAAUCCUGUUCUAUCAAUCAUGCUGCAGUUCCAGAACAAGCAUUGCUGGGCUUCUGGCACAUAUAUGAAUAAUGAAUAAAGCACAGCCAUGAGUGCAGUACUAGCUCAGAAUCAACCAGAGACAUUAGUUUGUGUGGUUAUAUAUUCUGACCUAUAUUAUUUUAUAUAUUCUGUGCUUCUUAAACCUGGUUGUCUUUACCUUCUUUCUUAAGCUGAUUUUGUUUGGCUGAGAGUUUCUUUUGUACUGGGCUGCUCUGGGAAAUGCUGCAUUCAUUAUGUCUGCGCAGGUAACGGUUAACACUGUUAAUGCUUCGGAGAGAACUUGGUUCAGAGUUGUCCCCUUAUUUUUUUUUUUUAACUGAGGAGAUGAAAUUCCGAAGGUCUUUUUCAGGGAUCUGGUGGCGUUCACUUGUUUCUCCCACUCCCUGUUAUUGCUGUGAACCUCAUAUUUUUUUUUUAAUCGUCCAUAUCUUUGUUUUGAAUGUAGCCUAUUGUCCGCUUUCCAGUGCUUGUUUUAAUUACUGAUAGAUAGGGCAGCUGUUGACAUUGUGGACAGGCACUGCACACUGAAGAAGGUGAUGACAUAAAGAGUCUAAUAUGAGCAAAAUGUUAGCCACGUUCCUACAUAGGAACGUAACUAGUAACUAAUAUCAGGAUGUAUUGUUUCCAGUUUAGGGGUUUGUUGCCAUGGUAACAGAAUGAAUAAAAUAUGCAUGCUAUAAAUAUAAAUUAGUCAAUAUUUGAUUUACAAGUAUCUUGAUUUUUAUGUUUAUACAAUAUGAAAUGUGGCAUAUUGACGGUGGACGAAAACCAAGAUUCAGAUCCCAAUGUGGCACAUUCUUUGUUUCUUUAAUUGGAUGUAAAGUUUGCAUUAAGAGGCUACAGUGAAUCACAAGGUUUUCUGUUUUAAGAUGUACAUUAGGUGCAAAUAUCAUAAACAAGACAAAUAAAUGUAUUAAAACCAUGUGUGGGGAAAAAAAGGCAGCCACCAUAGGUAUAUUAGGAAUACACUGCGAAAUAAAGGCAGAAUAAAUACAGCUUAAAUAUCUACAGUUUUAAAAAAAAAUUUGAUUUUAAACUUCCCACAGAGUUCUUUUUAUUUUAGUUUUUGUUUAUUUUUCACCCUCUUUUUUUUCUUAAUUUUUUGGGUUAAAGUAACAUUUAGAGUUUUGAUCUUCCGAAUAAUGUUAUCAUGUCUUGAGCCAGGGGACAUGCUUAUGUUACUCAAGUUUAAAUCUACCCACUGAAAAUUUGAAUAUUUGAUUACC